AUGUCGGCAACUUUUCGGCAAACUCCUCCCACAGAGGUCGUAUCCAAGGUUCUGAGGAGGGCAGAGGUAGCAAAGAUCGCUAGAAAGUUACAGGAUCGUCUUGCUCUGGCCAGCUACAAAGCCCAGCACGGCCAAGAGAGUCUCAGCUUCAACGACGUUGAAGCCCGCCUUGAACAGACUGUGAAGCGGAAGAGACCCGGCUCGAGUAUUGAAACGUCCUCGAAUUCUUCCUCGAGCUCCUCAGACCAUCAAAUCUUCUCUAGUGGUCUUGCUUCGUCACCCCUGACCGGCCCCAUGUUUUCGGACGAUAUCCGUAGCUCCGGACACAGCAAAACAUCUCGAAAGAGGAACAUCUAUCAGUCUACGGCCAUUGACCUUGCAAUGAAACCUCAGAAACGGAUGAGAUCGCUUUCUAUGGCACCGCCCCAGUUCGAGACAUCUCGGUCAUCUUGGAAAAGCUCUCAUGAUCUGCCAGAGUCGUCCCCAGUCUAUCAUCGCCGAGACUCUUACCACCACUUUUCGAGCUCUCAUGGCCCGAGCCUAUCAUUUACAUCCAAGGUGUCCACUGUUCCCGGCUCGCCUCCUUUCGGCCACGUCUCUGAGGAAGAGGACGCUGAUCUGCCAACACGUUCACAUCGGACAAGUUCAUCGGCCUAUCGUUCUUCACCUCCUCGCACACCUCCUCCCACCAGAAGCCGCGCUGCGCGCCAGCGCAAGGGUAAUGCGGCCGGCGAGGAAGGGGCGGACUUACUCCUAUACCUUGCCACAUCACCCUCGCCUGCGAAUCCAGGUGCUAAAUCGUCUCGAGUAUUCGCUCCCUCAACGCCACCCUCUAAAAAUCAAGCACUUCCUUCGUCCAUGAUGUCUACGCCAGGUAUGGGUGACUUCAAUACCCCUGGCCAGCAGUUCAACUUCGCAGACUUCGUCAACGUCACUCCAAGUCCAGCCCAGGGCGCUUUUCUUGGAAGUCGCACCCCUGGCUUGCCCAAGACACCUCUGGCAGCGAUAGAAGCCAGGCGAAGACUGAAUUUCGACAGCCUGGUGCCCCCAGGCGGAAGUCCGAAUCUCAGCAACAUUGGGCGAGGAUCUAUUAACAAAGAAAACGGCCUUGGUAUGGAACUGGGUGGAGAGCUGGUCUCUUAA